UUCGCGACACUCAUAUAAACAACAACUUUACGGCAGUGAGUAUGGCGUCUCACUUCAGCGGUGUCCUGCAGCUGACAGAUCUCGACGAUUUUAUCACCCCGUCGCAGGAAUGUGUCAAACCAGUCAAAGUAGAGAAGAAACAAGGUAAAUCUGUGGCCAAAAUACAGAUAGAGGACGAUGGAAGUUAUGUGCAAGUCAACCAGGAUGGAGGAAAACAGAAGCUGGAGAGAGCAAAGAUCACGCUAAACGACUGCUUGGCCUGCAGUGGCUGCAUCACUUCAGCCGAGAGCGUCCUGAUCGCGCAGCAGAGUCACGAGGAGCUUUUAAAAGUGCUGCGGAACAACAAGACCAAAGAGACGGAGCAGAAGAUUGUAGUGGUGUCGGUAUCGCCCCAGUCCAGAGCCUCCCUUGCAGCACAUUACAACCUCAGCAGUAGUGAGGCUGGCAGAAAGCUCACUUCUUUCCUUAAAGGCCUUGGUGUUCAUCAUGUGUUUGACACCAGCUUCAGUCGAACGUUCAGCCUGCUGGAGAGUCAGAGGGAGUUUGUGGAGCGUUUCAGUCGGAAAGAGCAGGACAGCAAAGCCGUGCCCAUGCUGACAUCCGCCUGUCCAGGUUGGAUCUGUUAUGCAGAGAAGACUCACGGCGACUAUAUCCUCCCGUACAUCAGCACCACUCGCUCUCCACAGCAGAUGAUGGGCUCUCUGGUGAAAAGCUAUUUUGCUGAACAGCAGGGUCUUGGUCCACAGCAGAUCUACCACGUGGCUGUGAUGCCCUGCUUCGACAAGAAACUCGAGGCAUCACGCUCCGACUUCUACCUGAGCAAAGCCGAGACCCGAGAAGUGGAUUGUGUCAUCACUUCAGGAGAGGUUCAGAAAAUGUUGGAGGAGCAGAACGUGUCUCUUUCUGAUGUCGAGCCUGCAGCUCUGGACACAAUGUUCAGCAGUGUGUGCGGGGAUGAGUUCCUGAGCCAUGCUGGGAGUGGUUCGGGAGGCUACCUCCAUCACGUGUUCACGUAUGCUGCCAAGCAGCUGUUUGGGGAGGAGGUGAAAGAACUCACCUACAGGACGCUCAGGAAUAAAGACUUCCAGGAGGUGAGACUGGAGAAAGACGGUGCCGUCCUGCUGUGUUUCGCCUCGACUUAUGGCUUCCGCAACAUUCAGAACCUCGUGCAGAAACUCAAGCGGGGAAAGUCGCCCUACCACUUUGUGGAAGUUAUGGCCUGUCCGUCAGGCUGUCUAAACGGUGGUGGGCAGGUGAGGCCCUCAUCCAGUCAAAACCAAAAGGAGCUUCUCCAGCAAGUCGAGGAACUCUACAAGGCAGAGCGCCCCCUGUUGCCAGAAAACGACACCCGCGUGGCCGAGUUGUAUGAAAGCUGGCUUCGCACCCUGGGAGCGGAGAGAGCCAAAGAGCUGCUACACACACAGUUCCACGCUGUGGAGAAAAUGACCAACGGCCUCACUAUAAAGUGGUGAUCUGUGCUCUCGUCUAGCCAAGAUGAUGUUUGCAGACUUCAGCUUUGGUCCUGACAGAGAUGCACAUUUUUGAUUGUUCUUUUAGGUCUUUUCUUUUUUUUUUUUUUUCCUGGGCCUGGUAGGGUGGAAUACCAGAUUAUAAACCAAUGCCUCUGCACUGAAUAUAUGUAACUAUUUACCCGUUGUCCUCUUAAUUAGUUAGUAAUGUAUUUUGUGUGCAGCCUGUUACAUCCUAAACAUGUCAUUUUCAAUAGGUAAAAUAUGAUCACCCUUUGUUAAUUAUAUGUAUAUUUAUACAGUUUGAAAACAAAAUAAACAAUUAUUUAAUUAUU